UCAGCUACAUAAUGAGAUUAUCAAACUCAGAACUAAUGUACAAUUAACUUGUAGCCAAUCAAUUUCUCAAUUAAAAGAAUUAACAUGGUAAAGAUAUAUGAAUGGCCCUUAAAGUUGGAAGAGGUCAACAUGAUUUCAUUGAUGAAGACGAAUCCAAUGCCCAAGACCAGCACUUGCCCAAAAUAACACAGCAGAGUCAAGACUAGAAACCACAUCUUCCCAUGACCAGCACUCUACCUCCCAGAUCAAGGUCUGUCACCAAAAACUAGGAACCAUUUUCUUCCCCUCGAUAUUCAAUCUCCGAAAACACAACAUUUUUUCCAAGAGACAGGGAAGACUGCGAUGGCUGUCGCCAGACAUUGGUACCUCCAUGUUGACAUAUGCACUCUGCACCAAUCAUUACUGAUCACAAACUGUGAGAUGACUUCAGGACUGUGGGUGGCAGCUAUAACAGAGAGACAAUCCUUGGUAAUGCUGGAUGACUCCAAGUUCUUUGAAAAUGCAAAGGGCAAGAUGAAGCACAAACCUGUGCAUUGUCAUAUCUUAAUGCUGAGACUGUUCAGUCUCCAGGGAAAUAUUCAACAAAUCUGAAGAUCUUAAGAACAGAGAAAUAGUGAGUGGAAUAAAAAAAUUACCAUCCCUAAACUCAAAUAGUAAAUAACACCAUAGUUGCUGGUACCUUAAACAUGAAAUGGGUUUUCCGACAGAUCGUUAAAAUGUUUCUAGUCUGCCAUUUAAAUGAAUUUUUUGGAGAAAAACAUACUGUUAAGUCUGCAAAUGGUUAAACAAAAACUGGUAGAGAAAAAAAUAUCUUUUUUCCCCCAUUAUAUAUUUUUUAUCUCAGUAGGUGUUGGUAACCUUAUGUACUGAUUUUUAAAUAGCUUUAUUGAGAUACAAUUCAUAUAUAAUUCAUGCACUUAACGUGCACAUUUCAAUAGUUUUUAAUAUACUUAGUUUUAGAACCAUGACUACAAUCAAUUUUACAACAUUUUCAUCACCCCCAAAAGAAACUGAUAUCCAUUUAGCAGUCACUCACAUUUCCCCUCAAACUCCCCCCAGACCUAGGCAACCACUAAUUUACCUUCUCUACGGAUUUCCCUAUUCUGGAAAAAAAAUCAUCAUCUUUUAGGGAGCCACUCUUAGGUAUUUAUGGGUGAAAUGACGUAUGCGGGAUUUACUUUAAAAUAAUCCAGUGGUAGCUGGGAGCAGGUGGGGAUAAGAUAAGUCUAAAGGCAGAGCGCUAACAGUAAAUAAAGCUGGAUAAUGCAUGGGGAAAGCAUGACGUUUCACCAUUCCAUUCUCUUUACUCUUGUACGUUUGAAAUUUUCUAUGACAAGAACACAAAGCGUCGUUUAUUACCUCCGAAGGAAAAGUUCCAGAGCGGAUUCAGCGACUCAAGGAGGAUCCCAACACUGACCCUGGUCCUUUCCACCUUUCAGCUCUGCCGUUCUCAGCGCCGACUUCGCCCCGCGGUGCCGGCACCGCGUACUGUUCGACACCCCACGCAGACGACGCCGUCCAGAGCCAACAAAAGGGCACACUAGCGUCCCGCGUCCACUUUGGAGAGAGGAAAACCGCAGACGCGCCAUCCCUCCUUGGCCACAAUGCCCUCGCCUGAGUCAACGCCGCUCCCUGAGCCUCUCCCUUUCAAGUCGGACUGCAGACUCCGGGAGGACUAAAACCGCGUCAGCAGGUGCGGAGCGCCCGCCCCGGGGGCGUCCGCGCCAGGCAGGCCGGCCACAGGCACGGAAGGCGACGCUGGGGCCCGAGGUGCGAGCGCGGCCAGGGCGGCUCCCCGGGAGCCCUCCGCGAACAGCCGGGAAGGCAGCGGCGGCGGGUCUCCGCCCCCGAGCCCAGGCGGCGACACUGAGCCCGCAAGCGACGGCCGAGCAGACGCAAGGCGACUCUGCGGCCCACACCCUGCGGCCCCGCCCGGCCCGCCGGCUGCCCUGUGCCUGCCGCUGUCGCACGGAGGGCAGGCCGGAGAGAGCCAACGGCGUACCCUCGGCCGCCACCGGGGAGCCUCGCUUCCAGCCGCCCGGCCUCCGUCUCUCACGCUCUCUCGGGCGCCACCAGACCUCCCUCUCCGCGGCGGCCGAGACCCAGGACGACGCCGGGCUCGGAGCGCUCACUCCCGCCGCCCCCCGCGUGCCGCACCCUCCUCCGCGGGCAGGCGUCGGAGGACCACGAGGCGGAGACGCCGGAGGCGCAGCGCCGCCCGGACGCGAACCCCGCGCUCGACGUCGGCCGCAGGCGUCCGCUCUGGCGUCGCGGCCUCAGCCCCAAACGAGGAGACCUGGGGCCACGGGGAGAGGCGCACCCAGGAGAAGAGCCGAAGGAGCGACGCUCGAGACCAGCACGCGAGCCGCCGUCUCGUGACACCCGGCCUCGGGCUGGCGGCGGCAGCAAGACACUCGACCCUCGACGCCGCUGGCGGGAGAAACCGCCGCCGGCCCGCGGUCUUCUGGGACUUGUAGUUCGUUGUGCCGAACGCGCGCACUUCCGCCGCCCACCGGAAGCGCCGCCAUUGCCCCGCGCUAAUAGUGCGCUCACGCCGCCCGCCGUGGGAGGCUCUCUGUGCGGGAGGGUAGGCGACAGCCUCCGUGCGGCUGCCCCGGGACGUGGACACGUUGUCUUCCACUGAUAUGCUGAUCUGUAAGAUUGCCCUGAGCUGAAGAAUCCUGGUGCCCCCGUGACGCAGCAUUGCCCUCAAGUUCCUGUCUGUCUGUGAAGCGGAAUCUCUCGUCCCUGGCACUUUCCACGCAGGAGGCCGGUCAUUCUCUGGUGAGGCUGUCCUGUGCGCUUCGAGAUGCUUAGUACAUCUCUCACCUCUACCCACUAGAUGGUAGCCAGUAGUUUUCCUCUCUACAUCCACCCCUUGGCAAGUUGUGACAACCAUAAAUGUCUUCAGACAUUGCCAGAUGUCCCUUGAGGGCAAAACCACCCCCAGUUGAGAGCCACUGCUCUACAGAAAUGGCCGACUUUCUUACACGUCCUGGAGACAUCUUCCUCUUGGUGGCCUUGUCCUUUCAUUGAGUCUGGCACUCACUGUGGAGGGGUCCCCGAGGAAACAAAGACAUUUUAUCAGGCAGGAUAUCCCCAAGGACUCAGAGGUGACCUCCCUGCAGCUGGUCACGGAAUAGACCUUUCCUUAGGUUGUGCAGGACGUGGAGAACUCAGGUCUGCGGAGUCAGCCCCUUGUGUGCUGGCCAUGUGGCCACCCCAUGUUGUGGAUGGAUGGAGCUUUUGCCUUUUUGGGGGGAGGUCAUUUUAUUCUUUGAGUUUAAUGCUGCGAGUCAGGUAGACGUGUGCUCACACCAACUCUAAGAGACUUGAACGUUGAACGUUUGUUCACAGACUUAUGUUCUGCCUUAAACAUUUUUUAGUGGGAUAUGAAUGGUUUUCCCCCCAAAUUCCUUAUUUGACAGCAGUUCUGAUCAUUCUGGCAUUCCAUCCGUUGCCUGUGCGUUGCUGCCGUAUCUCCUGGUCGGGUGCCAGGUCAGACACAGCCCUGCAGUGUGAAGGCAUCAUCUUCUGUGUCAGCAUGGAAAUAGCUGCUCAGCUUGCUUUCUCUUCAUUUUCUAGUUAUUCUGAGAGGAGUUGAAUGCUUGUUUUGCCUGAAGAACCGUAAGUUUGUGUGAGAAAGAGAGAUUGGGACCCACCGCCUAGAUUGUGCCCAGAAGGAGAGCGUCCUUGCAGAGUUAAGGGAGCUCUCAGACCCCAGCUGUGUGUCGAAGCAGUAGGGUUCCCAGAAGAGACUGUCUUGGAAAUAAGAGCUGGCGGGAAGCUGCCUUGGAGGGUUUCAUGGUUCCAGUAGCUGCAGGUGGUGCUGGCCCUGUGUUCCUGCUGUCAGUGUCCAGGAGCGGCCCCCCGACACACGCUCUCGGGAGCUCAGGACCUAAGAGAAAGCCCAGCACCUGGAGAACCACAAAGAGGAGAUGAUGCUGGUGGAAGAACUUACCCAAGCAUUUGAAGACAAAGGUGAGACCUGCCAGAAACAUGAGGCACGGAGAGAGCAUGAUUUCCCUGACUUGUGACUCGAUCCUUGGUUCUCCAGGAAAAUGGGUUUUAUAGAGAAAGUGAGGUGAGGAAAAUGCCAGUGUUCAAAGCUGGGAGAAUGGUGAAUGUCUGCCUCCUGGAAGUCACGAGUGACGGUCGUCGUCCCUUGGGGCCUCUAGGCCAGAUGGUAGUUCCAAGUUUCAAGAGGGUGAGAGUUCACCCACAGGCGCCAGCCCUGCCUUCUGAGGAUCUCUGCCCUCUUCACGACAACUUUUUCAGCUAUGAGGAGGAAACAGAAGCGCAUUCUCAGCCAGUCCCAUCCCAGCCCCCUGUGAGCUUCAAGGACGUGGCUGUGACCUUCACACGUGAGGAGUGGGGACAGCUGGACCCAGCCCAAAGGAUGCUGUACCGUGACGUGACUCUGGAGACCUGCAGCCACCUGUUCUCCCUGGGGCUUCUGCUUUCCAAACCGGACAUGAUCUCCUGGCUGGAGCAAGGGGAAGACCCAUGGAGGGCGAGGCAGGGACCUCCCCAAGACUGGAAGACUACACUUGAAAAGAAAGAGCCAACUUCCAAAGAGGGUACUGCUGCGGAGGAUACAUCCCACCACGUGGAAGUGAAACACUGUGUCUGGGAAGAGGGCUUCUGGUCCCUGUCAUUAGGAGAAGAGCAGGAUUGGAGGGACCAGCUAGGAGAGCACCAGGAGGACUCUUGGAGUCAAACAAGACUCACCUCAGAGAGACUGUUUGCUCAAGGGGAACAUUGUGAGCAUGACCUUUGGGGAAGUUAUCUGAGCUUAAGCCUUCUACCUUCAACAUUACCCAUAAGAACACAUUUCCAAAAGUUCAAUGCACAGGUUAAAAAGUUGAAACAGAAUUCAGUUUUCAUUAAUCAUCAGAAAGACUGGACUGACUUGAAGCCCUGUGAAAGUCAUCAAAGUGUUAGAGCCUUCUGUCAGAGCAUUUACUUGAAUAAACUUGCAAAUGGUGAAAUGGGAAAUAAAAAACCUUGUGAAUAUACUGUCAGUAGUGACUCUUUCAACUGUGAUACCUCCCUUCAUUUUCAUAAUAUAAUUUCUUCAGCAGAGAACAGCAAUGACUGUAAGGACUAUGGAGACAUCGUUAAUCAUAGCCUAUCUCUGAGUGAACACAAGCCAAUGCAUUUUGGGGAAAGUCAGUGUGAGUGUGACGAAUGCCUUGUACAAACUGAAAUAAGAGAUCCUGGAAAGGUACCAUUCAGGUAUGAGGAGGACUGUGAUGCCUUCCAUGUGGCCUCAUCUUUUACUGACUGUGACAUUCAGACCAGAAAAAAGCCAUAUGCCUGUAAUCAGUGUGGAAAAUCUUUCAGCUGUUGCUCUAAGCUUGUUGUGCACCAGAGGACACACACUGGAGAAAAGCCCUAUGAAUGUAGCCGGUGUGGGAAGUCUUUCAGCCAGAGCUAUGACCUUGUCGUACAUGAGAGAACUCACACUGGAGAGAAGCCCUAUGAAUGUAACCAGUGUGGGAAAUCCUUCACCCAGAGUUCCAAACUUAUUAGGCAUCAGCGAACUCACACUGGAGAAAAACCAUAUAAAUGUCAUGAAUGUGGGAAAUCUUUCAGGUGGAACUCUAACCUUAUUGUACAUCAAAGAAUUCAUACUGGAGAGAAGCCUUAUGGGUGUGCUCAUUGUGGAAAAUCCUUCAGCCAAAGCUCUGACUUUGUUGCACAUAAAAGGAUGCACACUGGAGAGAAGCCCUAUGAAUGUAACCAGUGUGGAAAAUCCUUCAUCCGAAGCACUCAACUUAUUAGGCAUCUGCGAAUUCACACUGGAGAGAAGCCAUAUAGAUGCAAUCAGUGUGAUAAAACCUUCACUGGGAGCUCUCACCUCAUUGAACAUCAGAGAACUCAUACUGGAGAGAAGCCUUUUGAAUGUGAUCAGUGUGGGAAAGCCUUUACUGGGAGCUCUCACCUUCUUUCACAUCAGAGAAUUCAUUCUGGAGAGAAACCAUAUGAAUGUAAUGACUGUGGGAAAGCUUUUCGGCAGCGAUCACAGCUUAUUGUGCAUCAGCGAACCCAUACUGGAGAGAGACCUUAUAAAUGCAGUCAUUGUGGAAAAGCUUUCAGCCAGAGGUCUCCCCUCAUUGUGCAUCAGAGAACACACGUUGGAGAGAAGCCCUAUCAGUGUAAGAUGUGUGUUAAAGCUUUCAGUCAGAGGUCACGCCUUAUUGAACAUCAGAGAACACAUACUGGAGAAAAGCCCUAUGAAUGUGUCAACUGUGGGAAAGCCUUCAGUGAUCGAUCAACCCUUACAAAACAUGAGAGAACACACACUGGUGAGAAACCCUAUGAGUGUAAUCAUUGUGAAAAGGCCUUUAGCCAGCGGUGUCAACUUACUAGGCAUCAGAGAAUUCAUACUGGAGAGAAACCCUAUGAAUGUAACGAAUGUGGGAAAUCUUUCAGUUAUAAUACUUCCCUUGUUCAACAUGAGAAAACUCAUGAGAGAGAAAACCUAUGAAUAAUCAAGAUGGAAAAGCUUACUGCCAGACCUACUUUACUAGACAUCAGAUGACCAAGGUAUGACUGUCAGAAUGUGGUCUAGUGACCACAUGCAUCACAAUUGCUUGGUGUGUGUGUUGAAACUGCACGUUAUCAAGCUCACCCUGAUCUACAAAAUCAGAAUCUCUAGCAUUAAGACCCAGGAGCCUGCAGUUUCCAAAAGCAGCACAAGUGAUUUGUAUGUACACUAAAAUGUGUUUACUUCUGAAUUUAGGUGAGAAGCUAUGACUGGGACCACUGAUGAAAAACUCAGUCAGAGCUCUUAACAGGACUUGGGUACAAUGCCAUUCUGAAUUCCCUACCAGAUAAUCUUUUUAGUGCAAACAACCAGCCAAACUUAAUCAGAUGUUGUCCCUGUAACACAUUCCUAGAAAUGAUGGGGGACUGGAAGAUAUUCCUGAUACAGAGUCCCAAACACUUCAUCAAAGAAGAAAUCAUUGCAUGAGGAAGUUGGUGUUGAGUGAUGAACUAGAAAACCAGCCAUUUUCAAUGUAAACCAGUAAUUAACAACACAAAUUGAAGGAAGACUAAGGAUGGGAAGUCUUCUGAAAUGGUUUUUAUUAGAAUUAAAGGUAGACUCUGAGUAUUUCAGGGACUCUGUUCUACUCUAACUCACCUUUGUUGCACAGUUAGGUUGACUGUAAUCAGAACUGGGUGCAUAGCAAUAUGAAAAAUAUCAGGUGAAAUGAAAACAGGACCCAAAAUAGUAUGUACACAAAACAUUACAACUGCAUAAAAACGUGUACAUAGAUGGUUAAGAAGGUCAAUUGAGCAGCGUGUUCAAAAAACGGCUGAAAUGUAAAUCAACAAUGGUGAACAACAUGGGAGAGACCAUUACUGCAAACUUGAGCAAGAUGAAAGCAGGUAGGAGAUGUCGCCUGAAGAUGCAGAGUGGGAAAGGCUGAAGCCAGGAGCAUGAAGAGAGGACUGCAGCUGUGGUGGUCAUGGGACCCCACAGAGCUGCCGACUGACAGGUGGAGCAGGAGAGAAGAGUUAAUUGAAGGUCUAGCCAUGAAACUCCCAAGUUUUCUCCCCCGACCUCCCCUUUUUUUCUUGUCUUGCAUUAAGUAUCUGGCUGUGGGUAAGCAAUAAGUAAAGAAGGGAAUGAGUUAUAUGCUAAAAAAUUAGUCUGGAGGAGUAGGGAAUCUGGUGUAUUAUGCUCCUGAACAAGGGCUGCCUUGUUUUGGCAUUUCAAGGAUCUUCUAGUUAUUGCCCUUUUCCCCCUAAAGCAAGGUAUGCCAUUAAACUGCCUCCCCCCAUCUAUGGAGCUUCCCAUCUGCUUUCCAAUAGCCCCUUCAGUAUGGAUGGGAGCCAAGGAGCCAGAGGCUUGAAGAAAGCCUCCAACAUGGAAGAAAAAAUACCUAAGGAAAAACAGCCCCGAAGAAAAUAACUGUUCACGGUAACCAAAUAUUUAAAAUGUUUUGUUCUAAGAGCAAGUCAAGAUAUAAUUGCAAAUAAAAGAUAAAUGUAAGAUGCUCUUUAGAAAAGAGAAUUGUGAAAACAAGAAUAGACUAUGAAAUUUCAAGUAAGAGGGCCAGCCCCGUGGCUGCGUGGUUAAGUUCACACGCUCCACAUCGGCGGCCCAGGGUUUCGCUGGUUUGGAACCUGGGCACGGACAUGGCACCACUCGUCAGGCCACACUGAGGCA